CACAGAGGUUAUGAAUAACCAAACCCAAUCAAAAAUCAUAUGAAGAGAUCGAUUUCGACUUCAAUUGCAUCGAAAGCUAAGAACUUUCUCAAUCAUCGCCGUCUUCCUGAGAGAGGUAAUCCUCUAACUGCUCCUUUCUUUAACCGUUGCUCUUACACUACACGAACUCUCCCUACUUCCAAGAGACCGAACAGAACUGAUCUAAAAGACCCACUUAAACUGUUCUGUCGCAUGAUUCAGUCUCGUCCUCUUCCUUCAAUUGUCGAGUUCAGCAAACCGCUGAGUCAACUCGCCAGGACGAAGAAGUUCGAUCUUGUGAUCUCUCUCUUCAACCAGAUGGAGACUCUUGGAAUCACGCAUGAUCUUUACACAUACAACAUCCUCAUCAACUGUUUAUGUCGUUGCUCUCGGUUCUCCAUUGCUUUAUCUGUUAUUGGGAAGAUGAUGAAGCUUGGUUUCGACCCUGAUGUCGUCACGCUUAGCUCUCUGAUCAAUGGGUUCUGUCGAAGGAACAGAGUUUUCGAUGCUAUAGAGUUAGUUGCCAAAAUGGAGGCAAUGGGGUGCAAACCAGACGUUGUCAUCUACAACACCAUCAUCGACGGUUUCUGCAAGAACAGGCUGGUUAAUAACGCUUUGGAACUGUUCGAGCAGAUGGAUAAGAAUGGAGUUAGCGCGGAUGUUGUUACUUACAACUCUCUUAUAACCGGUCUUUGCAGCUCCGGUAGAUGCAAUGACGCUGAUCUUCUCCUUAGAGAUAUGAUGAUGAGGAACGUUGUCCCUAAUGUCAUCACUUUCACUGCGUUGAUCGAUGCGUCUGUGAAAGAAGGGAACCUUUUGGAGGCUGAGAAGCUGCACGAGGAGAUGGUUAACAGGUCUAUAGUUCCUGAUGUCUUCGCUUACAACUCGAUGAUCAACGGGCUUUGUAUGCACGGUCGAGUAGACGAGGCCAAACAAAUGCUUGAGCUGAUGGUGACAAAGGAGUGCUUGCCUGAUAUAGUGACUUAUAACACUCUCAUAAAUGGGUUUUGCAAGUUUAGGAGAGUAGAUGAUGUGAUGAAACUCUUCAGCGAGAUGUCGGAAAGAGGAUUAUUAAGAGAUACGGUUACGUACAACACUAUCAUCCAGGGCUAUUUUCAAGUGGGCAAACCAGAUGCUGCUCAGGGGGUUUUCAGACGGAUGGAUUCUCCUCCCAAUCUAAGGACUUACAGCAUUUUGCUUUAUGGUCUUUUUAAUAACGGGAAGGUUGAGAAAGCUUUGGUUGUAUUCCAGGAUAUGCAGAAGAGUGGGAUGGAUCUUGAUGUUACUAUAUAUAAUAUCAUGAUUCACAUAAUGUGCAAGGCUGGUUAUGUGGAAGAUGCUUGGGACUUGUUUUGUGGUCUCGCCGUCAACGGAGUUGAGCCUGAUGUUGUAUCAUAUACUACCAUGAUCUCAGGGUUUUGUAGGAAACGCCUGUGGCAAGAAGCAGAUGAGUUGUAUAGAAAAAUGCAUGAAGAUGGGCUACUUCCACUAUAGCAGAUUGUACAUUCUGUGAAACUGUAUAUUGUUUGAAGGAAAAAUAAACACAUUAUUGUAUUUUUUUCUCUGUUACCUAUUGUAAUUUUGAAUGAUUACAAGUAAAAAUGUAAACAAGC